UCCGGUGUCCUAAUUAAUCCCACGAAGAAGAAGCUAUCCGCUGCUAGCUGCAGACAACGUAAACACUGAAACAUCUCUGAUCAGAUUGAGCCUUUAUUACAGUUUAACUUCUGUUUUCUCUACCGCAGUUUAAUGCAGAAUAACUACACGAUGCUAUAGUUUAUCCAAACCUCUUCUAGUGAGCCAUGUUUGUUUGGAUGUGGGAAUAAACCAAAGGCCUUGAAGUUGUCCUGCUAACGAAUGCCCAUGAUUCAGCUGGAGAAACCAGUGCUGACUGGUACCAUGCCCGUGGUAUGGCCCACCAUCCUUGACCUGGGCAGGGAUGAGUGCAAAAGAAUUCUCCGUAAACUUGAGCUGGAGGCUUAUGCUGGGGUUAUCAGUGCCCUGCGAGCCCAAGGAGACCUGACGAAGGACAAGAAGGAUCUGCUGGGAGAACUCACUAAAAUCCUUGGUAUCUCAACAGAACGCCAUCGGGCAGAAGUCCGCAGGGCUGUCAAUGAUGAACGCCUCACCACUAUUGCAUAUCAUAUGUCCGGUCCUAACAGCUCGUCCGAAUGGUCCAUUGAAGGACGUCGGCUUGUCCCCUUGAUGCCGAGGCUGGUCCCUCAGACAGCCUUUACUGUGACUGCUAAUGCGGUGGCCAGCGCCACAGCCAACCAGAAUGCCUCCCUUCUGUUGCCAGCUGAAACAGGAAACAAAGAAGUGGUUGUAUGUUACUCCUACACAAGCACCACCGGCACCCCUACCAGCGCCACGGCGACCAGCGGCACCAUAGGAGCAACUGUGAAAUCACCACGACCACCCAGUCCUUCAUCCAACGUGGUGGUGCUGCCCAGCGGGAGCACCGUCUACGUGAAAAGCGUGAGCUGUUCCGACGAGGACGAGAAGCCUCGCAAGCGAAGGCGGACAAACUCGUCCAGCUCGUCGCCGGUGAUGCUGAAGGAGAUUACCAAGGUAUCCCCGCCGAUAUCCAAGAGCAUCACGGUGCCGGUGAGCGGCAGCCCCAAGAUGAGCAACAUCAUGCAGAGCAUCGCCAACUCGCUGCCGCCCCACCUGUCCCCCGUCAAGAUCACCUUCACCAAGCCCACCAUCCAGACCACCAACACCACCACGCAGAAGGUGAUCAUCGUGACGACUUCGCCCAGCUCCAACUUUGUGCCCAACAUCCUGUCCAAGUCUCACGCUCACAACGCCGCUCUGUCCAAGCUGGUCUCCACCUCCAUGCUGACGGCGUCCAGCCAGAAACAGACGGUGGUCUUCCCAGCCAGCGCCAGCCCCGCCAACACCGUCGCGGUGACCACGGUGGUCCCCUCGGCUCCUUCAGUGGUCAUGUCAACAACAUGUGCUACUUCAGCUGGAGUGAAGGUGGCUUCAGCCAGACUUCCUUCACCUAAGACCAUGGUGGGUUCCCCGGCUCAGAUCAUGGCCCAGUUCCCCAAACAGCAGUCCCCCAAACAGCUGCAGCAGAGCUCCUCUAUGGGAGUCUGUAGUGUGAGCCAGACCCAGACCACCAGCACCUCGCCGGGCUCCAAGCCCACCAUCCAGAUCAAACAAGAGUCCGGGGUGAAGAUAAUCACUCAGCAGGUUCAGCCCAGCAAAAUCCUGCCCAAACCUUCACAAGUGGGUUUGUCCAGCAGCACCUCGUCCCCCAUCAUGGUCGUCAGUAGCAACGGAGCCAUCAUGACCACCAAACUGGUCACUCAGUCCACAGCUACCCAGUCCACCUAUACCAGACCGACUGUCAGCCCCAGCCUCGGCGCCAGAAUAUCAGCCUCCAGUGGGACCACCUACGUCAAGACCACCAGCGGCAGCAUCAUCACCGUGGUGCCCAAGUCUCUGGCCACUCUGGGUGGGAAGAUCAUCAGCAGUAACAUCGUCUCCGGCACAACGACCAAGAUCACCACCAUCCCCAUGACCUCCAAGCCAAACGUCAUUGUGGUUCAGAAGACCACAGGAAAAGGAGCGACCAUCCAAGGACUACCUGGGAAGAAUGUGGUCACCACUCUUUUAAAUGCUGGGGUGUCGCCAAAGUUAGAAACCUUCACAUCCUACAUAAAGGGGGAGAAAGGCCUGCAGGCUGUUCAGGGGACCAAACCGGCGAUCAUCACCGCCUCCAGACCCAUCACCAAGAUGAUCGUCACCCAGCCCAAAGGCAUGAGCUCUGUAUCCCAGGCCACCGCCACCAAGAUCAUCCCAACCAAGAUCGUCUACGGCCAGCAGGGCAAGACCCAGGUUUCCUUCCAGGUUCUCAUCAAACCUAAGCCAGUCUUCCAGACGGCGGUGGUGAGCGAGCACACCAGGCAGCUGGUCACCGAGGCGCUGCAGCAGGUGACCCGCUCUGCGGAAAUCAUGCAGGGUCAAGCCUCGGGACAGGACGGGUCCACGAAGGAAGACGAGUCCUCCCAUAGCAGCGCUCAAGAGCCUCACCCUGUAGUGCACCUGGUGUCCUCCAGAGAGCAGGAUUGGACAGAGCAGGAAGUAUCCGUAGAGUCCAGCCCCACUAUUAUCUACCAGGAGGUGUCUGGUGGGGAAUCCCAGUCUGCCACCUCCACCAUCAAAGCCCUGCUGGAGCUACAACAGACAACAGCCUUUGCUAAAGCCCUCUCGGCAGUGAAGGAGAAGGCCGAGUCCAAACCCAGACAGCACACCAUCGACCUGAGCCAGAUGGCCGUGCCCAUCCAGCUGGCCCAGGAGAAGAAGCCCAGCCCGGAGUCCCCCAGGCCCUCCACCUCAGAGGCUGAACCCAGCACCGAGUACGUCACAGCAGGUAAAGUCAUCAGCAGAGUGGUCGUGCCCUCGGAGGACGAUAACGUGGUCAUGUCCUCCAGCCAGCAGCUGGGGAAGCCUUACAAAAUCAGCCAGGUUACCGUGGUAACCAAACCGGCCGCUACCGUGUCCUCAGCGAGCGCAGCUUCACACGUCAUCCACAUGCCCUCUGACAGCCAUGGUAAAACGGAGACCGUGUUAGAGGUGGGCGAGCUGGAAGGCGACACCCUGGACCCCCAAACAGGCUUGUUUUACCGCUCCAGCCAAACAGCUACAGACGCCAUGAAGCAAACCGUCCACUCUGCAGCCGCUCAGCCGCCUCCCUCGAGCCAGGCAGAGGCCGAGCAGAGCCGGCACACCUCCACCACCAUCUCCACCUCCACCUCCAUCCAGCCGCCGCCACAACUGCACAGCAAACCUCAAAUCAGCCAGCCUUCCUCUUCCUCAGCUGCCUUCCCCUCCACCCUUCUUCUGACUAAGAAACUCCCAAAACUACGAGAGCAGACUCAGCCCAAACCCCAGGCCUUAACCCAGAUUCCCAAAGACAGACCACUGACUGCACCAGCCCAAGCCGGAUUAAAGGUCACGACCCCGGUUACGCCAACAAAGCCCCUGUUGACGCCGCAGCUCCCGAAGCUCCAGCAAGCACCCACAUCCCACCACAGACCCCUGCACACACCCAUGUCCCACCCUCCUCCACUGCAGGCGCACCACCCUGUCAGCACUGAAAAGACGGCCUCCAGCCAGCAGCCAAUCAUCACACAGAGCGCCACCGUCACCAAGAUCACCUUCGGCAGCUCCCACCAUUCAUCGCAGGUCUUCAGCAGCGGCGAGGCCACCGCCAAACUGAUCCCCGAGUCCAGCUCCAGGCCCUCGGGAGACAAGCCCUCGGUGUCGGACAUCCUGAAGAUCUCCAUGAUGGAGGCGGAGAUCGAUCCGAGCACGGAGCCCAUGGUGGUGGAUUCCUCCAGCGACUGCGGCCCUCUGGGGAAAGCCAUGGAGGUCCAGGCCGUGUCAGGCACACUGGACUCGGGCCAGUUCAUCAGCAGCUCUGGGGCCUCCAUGCACCACUCCCACACAAAGCCCCAGUUCAGCUGCAUGCAGGGCCUCACAGCACAGAGGAGCAAAGAGGACCUGGAGGUCAUUGAGGUGAUUCCUCAGUACUCCAUCCUGCCGGACUCCAGCCAGUCCAACGUGGUGGUGGAGCCCAGCGGCUUCCUGGAGAUCACCAACUACACCAGCCAGCAGCUGGAGGAGGACAGCCCCAUGGAGCAGGAGGUGGACAGCAGCAACGACGAGGCCACGGCAGCCAGUCCUCCUGACCAACCAUAGACACAGACCAAGUGGACAAAGACUUUCUGGCUGUUUUUUUUUUUAUAGUGAAAGAGCAAAAAUGCUUUCUGUUUUUGUGUCAAAUAUUAGUUUGUUCAUAAUAACUUUUUUUUUUUUCCUCACCACAACUAAAGGCACAUGUGUUUUUUAUUGGCAGUGAGGCACGCUGGAUGUAAAAUGUGGGAGCGAGGUGAAAGGAUUAGUUUUAGUGCGGCCCCAGACAGUUGGAAAGCAGCCUCUCCAAACAAACUCCAGGACAGCUACACAUCCAUGAAAUUGAUUAUUUGGAAGUUUUUGGCACCGUGCCUUGUGCCAUUGGACAUCAUUUCAGAAACAUACAGCCGGAUCAAACCACUGCAGUGUCCAGAGUAUUUCAAAUAUGUUCCUCGAUGUUUGUACAAAGCGACUCUGCCGUUGAUGGACAUCUUCUUUUGAUGACCUUGACGGUUUUACCACCAGAUGAGCAGUAUUUUUUUUUGACUGAGGUGCAGCUUUUUAACAGUAAAAUCUCUUAUAACACUUAUGGUAUGAGAGAACAAAGCUGGAGCGGAUUGAAAUUGCUGCGUGGAAGGAACAUAAACCAGAAGAGUCCUGGAGGAAUGAUAACAUAUGUGUUACUCUUCAUUGUAACUGAUGUAAUGUAAAAAAGAAAAAAAGCAUUAAGCAAUGUACCUUUUUUUUGUAAAAUAUAUUCUGGAGUCUAAAAGGUUGCAGUGAGAAUUUCACCAAGUAUGCAUUUGCUUCUGCAUAGUGUGUUUUAAACUAUGCAUUUCUUUUAUACCUUUUCAAACCAGAUGACUAGUUGAGAAAAAAUCAUUUAAUCUGCACAAUAAAUCCGCUGAGUAGAACACGUCAGUUUAUACAGUUUUAUUGGUUGCAAACAAAAUUAGCUUUUGGAUGUAGAAAGACAAAAUGAGGGAUAAACAGUGUAAUGCUGUGUGCAUCACAACAAUACAUUUUUGUGUUUAUAAAAAUACUGUGCUUUGAAUA